CAUUCAGGCUAUAAAGGAACCAAACCAUUGGUGUCACUCCACACAGAUCGGCGCUGCCCCUACACUCUCCUCACUUCAUCUUGAUAAUGAUUAUACCAAUAGUAGUAGCAUUUGCAGCCGGUUUAGUUGGAUGGGUUUAUCGAGCACUGAAACCGCCACCUCCAAAGAUAUGUGGAUCACCAAAUGGUCCUCCACUGACUUCGCGUAGAGUAAAACUCAAUGAUGGAAGACAUUUGGCCUACAGAGAAUUCGGAGUUCCUAAGGAAAAGGCUCAACACAAGAUCAUUCUUUCUCAUGGCUAUAAUGACUCCCGACAUAUGUACUUAGCUGCUUCUCAAGAACUUAUGGAGGAGCUCAAUGCAUGCAUAAUAUUAUACGACCGAGCUGGUUAUGGAGAGAGCGAUCCAUAUCCAUCACGCUCCGCAAAGACCGAAGCAUUUGACAUUGAAGAAUUAGCUAAUAAAUUAGAGCUCGGUAGCAAAUUUUACGUAAUCGGAUGUUCAUUGGGAGCGUACCCGGUUUGGAACUGUCUAAAAUACAUUCCACACAGACUCCUAGGAGCUUCCCUGAUAGUUCCUUUCGUGAAUUAUUGGUGGCCUUCCAUUCCAUUGGCUUUAGCAAAACAGUCAUAUAGGAAGCUUCCUCUAUUAUUCCAGUUCACAUUUGGAAUUGCGCAUUACACACCUUGGAUAUACUAUUGGUGGACCAAGCAGAAAUGGUUCCCAUCAAUGUUGAGGGAAGGCAUGUUCAUUGAUUACGAUUUAAAGUUGUUAAAGAAGAUAAUGGACACUCCAAAUAACGGUCAGGGAAAAAUAACACAACAAGGUGAAUAUGAAUCUCUUCACCGAGAUGUUCUGGUUGCUUAUGCAAACUGGGACUUCGAUCCCAUGGAAUUGACCAAUCAAUUCAAGGAAGGGUCUGUUCAUUUAUGGCAAGGUAGUGCCGACCGUGUCAUCCAAAAUGAACUUAAUCAUUAUGUAGUACAGAAACUUCCAUGGAUUGGGUAUCAUGAGGUUCCUAAUGCUGGCCAUUUAUUAAUCCAUGACCCUGAAAACUUUGAAGCCAUAAUGAGGUCACUUUUAGCUGGGAAAAUUUCGUAGGUUUAAUGUAACGACCUCCAUAUCUAGAUGUAUUUCUCCUUAUAUUCCUCUCAAACUAGAGGAAUAAACUUGAAAAUACGACUUGGCGUGGAUGUGGCCAAUUUCAAACGUAGAGUUUGAUCCUUCUAGGCAGCUUUAUUUCAGACGAAUUAGCCCUCGUGCCUUUCAUCAUAUAUGUUUAAUUUA